CUCCAGGAAAGCUCUAAGUAGGAGCCCAGUUUGAAGGAAAGACAUCCAAGCAGAGUUAAGGUGUCAGAUCCUGGGAGACAGCGCUCCCCUCACCCUUCCCCAAUCUGAGGUCUGCACGUGCCUCAGACUCAAAUCGGUGCUUGCUUUAAGGGAAGGGGCUACCAGAUUUUUUACCAACAGUCAGCCAGGUCGGAGGGAAAACAGCAACUGCCCCCAAAAGGGUCACCAGCAAGAAGAAAAGCAACUGUUUUUAUUUUUUGAAGCCUUCAAUGGUUCUUCACAGCUGAUCAGCAGCCGCAAGCACGUUGCUUGUGAGGGCUUUUGCUGACACCUAGAAUGGAGCCGCCCUCUCGUUAACCACGGAGGGAGAACCCACCGCCCCCCGGCACAGAACCCUUUUCCAGCUCCUUUUCGAUGGCCAUAACACAAUGCUGCUCAAUCCUACCUAAGGGAGCCCAGCUUAAUGUGGAAACUGGGUACAGCCACCCUGCUUUUCUGCUCCCACGACCAAAGAGGACUGACCCUUGGAAGCCAGGGAAGGUGUGAGACGUCUUCUCGGAUUGGGAGCAGUGCGUAGAGUGGAGCAGAGGAGAAAGCCAGCCGUCCAGGUCUCUGUCGAGGACUCAGUCCAGACAGGUCCACCAUGGGCUUGCUGCAGGGCCUUCUCCAAGCAAGAAAGCUGCUAUUAGUCAUCUGUGUGCCGUUGCUGCUGCUGCCUCUGCCCACCAUCUACCCCACCAGUGAGACCGCGUGUGCUUACGUGUUGCUUGUGACUGCCGUGUACUGGGUGUCCGAGGCGGUGCCUCUUGGAGCAGCAGCCCUCGUACCCGCCUUCCUCUACCCGUUCUUCGGAGUUCUCCGAUCCAGUGAGGUGGCGGCUGAGUACUUCAAGAACACCACACUGCUGCUGGUGGGUGUCAUCUGCGUGGCGGCCGCCGUGGAGAAGUGGAAUUUGCACAAGCGCAUCGCCCUGCGCAUGGUCUUGAUGGCCGGAGCCAAGCCAGGCAUGCUGCUGCUGUGUUUCAUGUGCUGCACCACCAUGCUGUCCAUGUGGCUCUCCAACACCUCCACCACCGCCAUGGUGAUGCCCAUCGUGGAGGCCGUGCUGCAGGAGCUGAUCAACGCCGAGGAGGAGCAGCUGGUAGCGGGCACCUCCAGCCCUGAGGAGGCCGAGCUCAUGGGUCUUGAUGUAAACAACAGACAAACUUCUGUGGAACUCAUCUUUGUCAACGAAGACACACCAACUGCAGACUUCACCUCUCUGAUGCAGAACAAGCAGAACCUAAACGGUGUGCCCAUGGUCACCAAACCUGUCCAAACAACAAACCAGCAGCAACCAAAGAGGCAGCAUUCAUCACAGGAGAAGUCGGGAGUCCUGAUCCCCAGCUCCAAGAACCAAGAACCGAACAGGAAGAAGUACAGAUCCCACCACGACCAAAUGAUCUGCAAGUGCCUUUCUCUGAGCAUAUCCUAUGCCGCCACCAUUGGUGGCCUGACCACCAUUAUUGGCACAUCCACCAGCCUCAUCUUCCUAGAGUAUUUCAACAACCAGUACCCCGCAGCAGAGGUGGUGAACUUCGGGACCUGGUUCCUCUUCAGCUUCCCCAUCUCCCUCCUCAUGCUGGUGGUCAGCUGGUUCUGGAUGCACUGGCUCUUCCUGGGCUGCAACUUUAAAGAGACCUGUUCUCUGAGCAAGAAGAAGAAGACCAAACGGGAAGAGCUGUCGGAGAAGAGGAUCCGGGAGGAAUACGAAAAGCUGGGAGACAUUAGCUACCCUGAAAUGGUGACUGCUUUUUUCUUCAUCCUGAUGACAGUGCUGUGGUUUACCAGGGAGCCUGGCUUUGUCCCUGGCUGGGAUUCUUUCUUUGAAAAGAAAGGCUACCGCACCGAUGCCACGGUCUCUGUGUUCCUCGGCUUCCUGCUCUUUCUCAUUCCAGCAAAGAAGCCGUGCUUUGGGAAGAAGAGAGACGGGGCAAGCCAGGAGCCCACCCAAGGGAUCGAGCCCAUCAUCACCUGGAAGGACUUCCAGAAAACGAUGCCCUGGGAGAUUGUCAUCCUGGUGGGAGGAGGCUAUGCCCUGGCAUCUGGCAGCAAGAGCUCCGGACUCUCCACGUGGAUUGGGCACCAGAUGCUGUCUCUGAGCAGCCUCCCACCGUGGGCUAUCACUCUCCUGGCAUGUGUCCUGGUGUCCAUCGUCACAGAGUUUGUCAGCAAUCCAGCCACCAUCACCAUCUUCCUGCCCAUCCUGUGCACCCUGUCGGAAACGCUGCACAUCAAUCCACUAUACACCCUGGUCCCCGUCACCAUGUCCAUCUCCUUUGCUGUGAUGUUACCGGUGGGCAACCCCCCCAAUGCCAUCGUCUUCAGCUAUGGGCACUGCCAGAUCAAAGACAUGGUGAAAGCUGGCCUGGGAGUCAAUGUCAUUGGCCUGGUGAUAGUGAUGGUGGCCAUCAAUACUUGGGGAGUUAGCCUCUUCCACUUGGACACUUUCCCGGCCUGGGCUAAGGUCAGCAACAUCACCGAUCAGACCUAACGCAGUUGGUGGACAGUUAACCAGCACAUCCGGAGCUGAGCCACAGGCAACCGAAGCCAGCAGGCACGCACAGCCCAGACCCGUGUGGAGGACAUCCCUGUCACCAGAUUCCUCCACCUGCCACCAGAUGUGUGGGCGUGUCUCCUUCCCAGACUGCCUGCUUCCCCUAGAACCAACUCUCAAGAAAGCCUACAGCUGCGCGCGCGCUCUCUCUCUCUCUCUCUCUCUCUCUCUCUCUCUCUCUCUCUGUCCAACCCUAACUCCUCCUGAGACCAAAAAACACUGCAAGCCUUAGUUCCCUGAGGGGAGCCUCACAAACUGACUGGCCACACCAGGUUUUAUGCUCCCUGCCCCUUCCUAGGGAUCGGAGAUAGCAGAGCACUCUGCCUACACAGACCACGAGACCUGUGACCUCUCUUCUGGGGGAAAGCCUUUCCUUGUGUUCUCAAGCAUUUUUACCUGUGUCUAGAAAAAGGCAACCCUGGAGAGGUCCUCUUAGCGGCGACCUGUACUUCCAUCAGUUUUGUUUGCCUAAGUCUUUCUCUUUAGUGGUUCCCUUUCCCUUGGCACCAGAUUUCUGUAAAGAAAUGAUAUGCCCCUUUAGGAAGAGGUUGGCCUUAUCCCAUCAAAGGUAAGAGGGGGGCAAAACAAAACAAAACAUUGUGGAAUCAGCCUCUCAAUGCACUGUCAUUAACCAGAAAUGUUAUUGCCUUGUGAGUGUGGUGAGGGAGGGAAAAGGUUCGCAUCUGUCUCAUGAGGGAGACCAAACCUCCUGUUAAGACCACAGUAUUAUUGAUGUUAUACUUGCUUCUCCAUUUAAUGACUAGUUUGUUUCUGAGAACACCAAGUUCCAAGUAGUGCCCAAAGGCCCUACCAGGCCUUCCUAUGCAUCCCUGAGACCUUUGAGGGAAAAGAGGUGUUUUGGGUUCUUUAUAAUAUAUUAAACUCUAACUGUUCAAUAAAUGUUUCUG